AGCUGGAUGGAUAGCACGUCUCCGCCACAGCUGUAGAAAGAAGGAUGUGAAUUUUCGGCAUUUUCCAAGUUUGUCUCUAGAAGAAAGCAGCAGCUGGACUCAGCUCGACUACCUGGGUUCACAUAUAGGUGGUGUAAAUAACGGCUGGAUACUAACACAGCACGCGCCAGCCGUUUGAAAACAAACUGUUUUAAUUUUAAUGAAUUUAUUUUAAGAUUUGAUACCAGUCCAGCUAGCUACUGAGCAUCCGUCCAGUGAGCUGUAGACAGACACAGACAUCAUGAUGGAUUCUAUCUUAGACAGCUUAACAGCAGAGAAACUCUAUCCGACCAACCUGUUGGACCUGGAGGAGCUCAGCGACGGAGAUUUCCUCACUAAUGUGCCUUUCUCAGGGGACCAGAUGGACGACUUCAGCAGUGAGUUAUUCAGCAGUUUCUUUGACGACCAUCUAUUAGAGCGGCCCCUACUGUCAGACAGACCUUCACCUUUACACAUGGACAUGGAUGACAGCAGCCCAGAUAUUCAAGCAGAGCACAGCUACUCUUUAAGUGAAGACUCCGCCCCCCAGAGCCCAGCCCUGUCAAUCAAAAUGGACCAGGAGUCUGAAUUUGAAUGGAGCUUCAGCCAGGACCUUUCGGCCAUCUUGGUGAAACAGGAGGAGCCGGAUGUGGGUCAAAGGUUAGAUCCUCAGCCUCUCGUAUUAAGCCCUGCCCCCCCACACAGAGGGUCGCCGUGGAAACAAACGGAGCCCAUCCAGGACAGUGUGAAGCCAGUAGCCAUAAAAGAUGAACCCAGAGAGAUCGGACAGUACCUCAGCCUGCCCAGCGACGACGCUCUCCAGCUCCCGCCCACCCCUCCCAGCAGUAACCAUGGGGACAGUGACGGCUCCCUCCCCCCCUCCUCCCCACAUCUCGCUCUGCCACCGUCUUCCCCUCAGCCACAACAGAGGCCAGGAGGUCGCGCCUCCUCCUCUUCCUCCUCCUCCUCCUCCUCCACAGCCAUCUCUUCUUCACCUCUCCUCACUGCACCACAUAAGCUGCAGGGUUCAGGGCCCCUCUUGCUGACAGAAGAAGAGAAGAGGACCCUGGUUGCAGAGGGUUACCCAGUACCGAACAAACUUCCUCUCACUAAGAGUGAAGAGAAGGCACUAAAGAGGGUCCGACGGAAGAUUAAAAAUAAGAUCUCAGCUCAGGAGAGUCGGAGGAAGAAGAAAGAAUAUGUGGAAUGUCUGGAGAAAAAGGUGGAGAGCUACACGUCAGAAAACAGCGAUCUAUGGAGAAAAGUCGAAAACCUGGAGACCGCCAACAGGUCUCUCCUGCAGCAGCUCCAGAAGCUUCAAUCAUUGGUUUCAGGGAAAGUCGUCCCCCGCUCUUGUAAAAUGGCUUCAACCCAAACAGGGACCUGCCUCAUGAUGGUGGCCGUGUGUUUUGUCCUGGUGUUGGGCUCCUUCUCUCCCUGCCUCUCUCCCCUCUCCUUCCUCACUCACACCUCCGCUUUGUCCUCAUCCUCCUCUUCCUCCUCUUCCUCCCAUCCCUCCUCCUCUCCUCCUCUCCCGUCAGCGGACCUCUACACCACCAGUCAGGUCCGCUCCCGCAGCCUGCUCUUCUACAACGAAGGGGCUCCACUGGAGGAGAGUUUAGUGGCAUCAGAAGGGGAGAGGCUACAGUCAGAGAGCCACAUCCAGACCAGCCGAUACACAGCUGAGGCUCACAGCAGCAACCAGACGACUGGGCCCGAGUUAGACCGGAGAGAAACAAAACCAGAAGGAGUCUCCGAGAUUAUCUGACCCCGCCUGACCUCUCCUCCUCCCAUGACUUCUAACCUCUGACCCCUAAAAAAAAAAAGCCCCAAACCUCCAGAUUCCUGAACUCAGCAGGCUUCAUAUCCACAUCCAACCGGACCAAACUCAGACAACCAUCUCCACGAGACAAGACUCCCUCCCAUCCUCCACUGCCUGGUGCUUCACCUCUCUGCUUAAACAGACUCUGCUACACCUGAAUAUACUUGAUUUUAGAGGGAUUGGAAUUUCUACUUUUAUGAAUUAAAAUAUAGUAUCAUUUUAAAACUCAUCUAUUUAUAUUUAGUUUAAACAAUCAUGAAGACCAGUUAAGAGAGACAUUCAAAACACAUGGCCUUCAUUAAAGAACCUCUAGACAAUAACUUUACAGAUGCAAUUUCUUUAACAAAAAUAAUAUAUCACCACAAACUAGUCCGAUCGAAGCCACUUAAACUGUGAUCACGUGAGAGAGUAUUAUCUUGUCGUGCAAAGCAUUUAUUAGCUGCUUUUGCCUUCCUCAUCAAAACAAAUGCAGUGUAGCGUCGCCAUUUAGAGGGAAAGCAACAUCCUUUUUGCGAGAAUAAGCAAAGAGCUUUCUGUGAAAUGUGGUCUUAAUGUUGAGAGAAACAUUUUAAGAACUCAUGAACAUAAAUACAUGUAUACAGAUACUUGACGGACCUCCACUGUGGGAGCUUAUGGUGGCACAUGGUUUACUUCCAAGGCACUGUGGACGCACUACAUCGGGUCAGCGCUUUAUAUUUUAAUCACAUACCGUAAAGGGCUGCAACUAACGAUUAGUGUGACUAUCAAUUAAAGUGUUAUUUGCUUAAUCAAAUAAUCCUCAUAUUAGAGAAGCUGGAAGCAGAGAUUUUUCUUUUUGUCGUUAAUUGAUCGAUUCUGAUCAAUAUUCUGUUUCAGCUCCAUGUUAAUAACAGCACAUAAUGAAUUUAACAUGUGCUGCUACUAACGUGUUACAAAACUAAACGAAAAUAAACAUCCUUUUUAAAAGGAAGCUGUGCCAUUUUAAAAGUGCCUUCCCCUUACUUCAGUCAAAUAUGACCAACUUGGCCUUACACUUAAAGCCCACACACGCGCACUAAAAGUGACUAUAACUGGAGUACACACUGUUUAUUUUAAAUAAUCACAAACUGGAUCAAUGUUCAGGAUUUAUCUGGGGAAACAUUUUGAUUUCACAGCCAUCCUUGGUUUGAACUGCUUAUCUAAUAGUUGUGUAAUGUGCAGUCAAGAGUUACAACAAAACAUAUAAUAUGUUUUAUUUUUCCACAUUUUUGAAAUCCAUCUCUCUCUUUUGGGGGGGGGGGCCAUAUUUUCAUAUCAACGGACUGUUAAAGGGGUCCUGACAGAGGUUGGGGAAAAUUACAUAAAAGUAUUUUUAUGGAAUUAAAAAAAUUGUAUAUGUAAUAUAUUUGCAGCAUUCAAAAACAGCAUAUUUAAUUUAUGCAAAAAAAAAAGAAAUACUGAACGUGUUUUUAAGGUUAGUUCAUGUUAUUGUACUGUUGUUUUUCUAAAUAAUGUUUACAAAAAAAACACCAAAAUACAACUUAUAAUAUAUUCUGAGCAUCAAAAAAGGGCAUAUUUAUUUUAUGCAAGAAAAAAAAAAGGAAUUGUAUGUUGUUUUUUGGCAUUUAUGAUGAAGUUUUACAUGAUGGUGUGUAGUUUACAUGCUGUUUCAUGGAGUGUAAAACUUUCACAUGAUCUGUGUGUGUCUUUUAACUGUAAUACAGUGUUUAUCUUUCGCUGCUGUCGUAUGAAAACCUACGGGAGGCUUUUUGGUUCCCUCGUAAAUCCCAUUAGCUUGUACAAUUUAUUGUUUAAAAAGCACAUUUUUAGCCUCAAAUUUAAGUUUCUUGACCUAAAAAGCAAAAAUAAAUUCAUCACAAAUCAACAGCACAACCUUAAAUAAUUAAAACAUUGGCAUAAAUGCUUAAUGUAGAUAUCUUCUGUCAUAAAUUCAUCUUAUAACCUCCAACUAAUCAGUGGAGAAAUGUGCUCAUGCGACAGCAGUGUAUGUUGUAUUUAUUCCUGUUUGUAGAAAGUGUGUAUAUAUUGAUGAAGCCAAUCAGGGGACGAAUACAUUCAAGGAAGUAAAACACCACUAGCUUUGUUAUCUCUGCAAUUUGAAGGAACUCCGGGACAUUUACAAAAAAAAGAAUCUUUAUUUCUUCACCACUAUUCUGACAAUGAGAGAAACAAACAGAACAAUGAAUUAAACAAUGAAAUGUCAUGGUACUCCUUCAAAUUAAAAGCUAUAAAAACAGACAUUUCACAGUCCCAGUCCAAAUCUUGACGAAAUAAUUACAACUCUGAGUUAUGAAAAGCUCAGAAAUCUUAUUUUUGAUCUCCAAAACAUUACAAUUAACACAGAUUAAGUUUCUUAUCCAUCUGUGUAUGUAUUUCAUUUUGUGUGUGUGUACACA